AUGAUGAUGCGCUAUCUGCUGCACGCCACCCUGCUGCUCUGGUGUGCCAGCGGGUGCCUCGCCGCCGAGUCGCGCCAAUGCAUGUUCGACGAGAUAAGGAGGAAGGACGGCGCACAGCCGCUUGCAGUUGUGCGUGAGGUGCCGCACAAGGACCAGAGCGGAUGGCAGGCGUACACCCUUUCCGGUGGGGAGAAGACUUGGGCGCCGAUCCGCAUCAAUGUGUCCACGGAGGACAUGAACAAUCCGGCCAAGUACUGCACAAGAGUAGGAGAUGUGCGUCCGGACUUCAUGGGUGGUACGCUGGUUUGUGAAUCCGAAAACAUACUGACAGAUGAGAAGAGAAAGCUCCUUGUGGAACAAACUAUCCCCGCAGCGGUAAAACUUCACACCGAUCGUCUCUCCGUAAAACCUGUGACGACCAGCGUUGUUGUGGAACCGUUGAAGGGAAGCGUGUGCUCCCACUUCACGGUCCCCAAGGGUCACGGCACCAGUGGUGUGUCUGGUGCCGACAUGAUUUGGUGCGUUUCUGUUUGUUGUUUUGGGCCACUCGUUCUGCUCAAAAAUGGCUGUAGCCAUGGCUGUAGUCAUAUGAAGUUUGUCUUCUGUAAAGGCUGUGGGAAUUCAUGA